ACCAUGGUGAAGUGUCGCCGUUCGCAGGGGGAGAGAUUUAACUGUCGCAAUGAAGUACGCGGAGGAGAGUUUCGAGGGCGUCUUUACAAUGAAGAACUCCUCAAAACAGACAGAUAAACUUUUUAAAUAAUUAGUGUGUAUAAUUAAGCGGUUGUAGCAAUGAAAGUCUAACAGCACUGAAUGUUUUAGCGAUCUGGUUAAAGUGUAAUGCCACCUGCUACAUGUAGACUUUAAUAGACUUUGCUUUAAGACAGUGACAUUAGUAUGUGAAUUUAAAAUGCAUAAUGUGCCCAUAUAACCUACAAACUGUGACUUAGUUUAUCAUUAUAAUUAUUACGCAAACGAGGGUAUGAAGUUGAAUGUUCAGUGUGUUUUAUAAUGACAAUGGAGCAGAUUUGUAUUCGCCUGGUCAAACUUGAUAUGCUGUCCACCAUAAGAGCAUUAAACCGCUUCCCUUCAGUGAUCAGAUGCUGUGGACAGAGACAGGCUCACCGCCGUGCAUCCCUCUGUGCCUCUGCUCGGACUGAUCUCAUGAGGACAAACUCAUCUUCCUCUCUGAAAUCAAGAGGAUCUGUCACUGCUGCUUCUUCAUCUCUCUGUCUGAGAUCAAGAUCAGGACUUAACACCUGCAUAACUGCAUUCAGACCUCCAGCUGAUCAGGUGCCGUUGAUCAUUCAGCCCAUGCGUGAGUUUCACACCUCGGGCAGACUGAGAGCUUUACCUGCACCCUUGAUAUGGAUGGUGCUGAAGCCUCUACAGAAGCUUAUAGCCAUCAUACUGGGCAGGAGCAUCAGAAAAUGGUGGUUGGCCCUGCCGCCCAAUAAAAAGCAGCUGUUUCGUGAAUGGACGUGGCGUCGACGUUGGCACUUUGUGGGAGCAGGGGCAGGACUGCUGUUCUUCGUCUCCCUCUUUUUACUCACUCACCUGGAUGAAUCUCCAGUUACAGGCAGGACCCGACUGCUGGUGUUCAGCAGGGAGAACUUCAUGGAACUGGCUCAGGUCACUGCGGAAGCGUAUAUGGAGGAGUUUAAGGAUUCUCUGAUCGCUCCAUCGGAUCCCAGGCAUCAGGUGGUGGAGCAAGCGGUUCGGAUUCUGGCCGAGAGAAACCAGGACAUUGCUGAGAUUUCCUCUGUCCCCUGGACGGUCCAUGUGGUGGACGGCCCCACAAUCAAUGCGUUUGUUUUGCCUAAUGGAAAUGUCUUCAUCUUCACAGGAAUGCUGGAGGCUGUAGCAGACAUCCAUCAGCUGGUAUUUAUACUGGGACAUGAGAUGGCUCACGCUCUGAUUGGUCAUGCAGUAAGUCCCGCCCACACUGUCAAACUGCUGCACAGAAACGCCCGAAUGGACAUUAUUUUUGUCAUUUUAUCAGAAUCUAUUUUAACCCAAUAA